GGAGCAUGCGCUGCAGGCUUAAGAAACUGAAAGAUCGUAAUCUUUCGAUGUCACAUCCAAUUUUGUCAGUUUAUGACAGCGAGAGUGUUUCGUUAUGAUUUUGAUGUGAUCUCCUGUGAUAUUACAAAAUACUUCUGUGAUACAACGAAAAUGCUUAAACGAACGUGAUGGAAAAUUGACGGAAGCUCAUAAUUUCUAUAAAAGCAUAUAUCUAACUUAUUAUUGUUGUUGUUAUUAGCUUAUCAGUACGUUUUAUUAUCCAAUUGCUCCACCGAGAUUGAUUUACGCUUGGCGCAACGACCGUUCGACGCGAAUCGAUCUUCAGUUAUGUAAAUGUAGUUUGAUACGUGGAUUGCAGCGAGAAAAAAAAUGUACACUGAGGUGUUAAACGAAUUUUCGCCAUUACGAGAGAGGUACACAAUCGAUAGAGUCUGAGGCGAAGUGCGUGAUCGCGCGCGCUCCGUCACCGUCAAGAGAACAUCUCUCUCUCGUCGAGGAAGUAAAAAACCAUAAAUUUUCCAUCCACUCGGAGCGGCGGAACCAUGGCUGUGUCGAUAAACGAAAUUUGCGAGAACACGAAGCUCGCGCGUGAGAUGGCAUUGAUGGGGAACUACGACACGUCCGGCGUCUACUAUCAGGGGGUCGUCCAGCAGAUACACAGGCUACUCGCGACCAUCGCGGACGCGACUCGCAAGGCCAAGUGGCAGGUGGUGCAGCAUCAGAUAGUCGAGGAGUUCGAGAAGGUCAAGGCCACGUCCAACACGCUGCAGCUCUUCAAGGUGGACACGCACGGCGAGAGGCUGCUCGGGACGUCUUGCCUGUCGUUCGAGGAACCGACGCGAGAUCCCGCUCUCUGGGCUUACAGCAAUUCGGAUUCCUCUUGGAAUCAAACACCAUCCAGGGAUCCCGAUGUGUGGCCUCCCUUAACUCCAGCAGAACAAAAAAAUUCAAGACAGCAGAAAAUUCAACAGAAGCAGCAGAAUCGAACAAAUAUUAGAAAAUCUGUUGUUGGUCCAGCUAAAAAGCCAGACAGUAAGACUUCCGCUAAAAAGGAUGAUAGGAAAACCGUAAAGAAAGACGAUGCAAGCAAGGAUAAGUCAGAAACGGAGAAAGACGAAGAACUAGAAGAACGUAAAUUUGAACCAUCUUCUAAUGAUAAAGAUCUUGUAGAAAUAUUAGAAAGAGACAUUGUUCAAAAGAAUCCAAAUAUCCAUUGGGACGAUAUAGCUGAUUUACAUGAGGCGAAACGAUUGUUGGAGGAAGCAGUUGUGCUUCCAAUGUGGAUGCCCGAUUUCUUUAAGGGUAUCAGGCGACCUUGGAAAGGGGUAUUAAUGGUUGGCCCACCGGGCACAGGCAAGACCAUGCUGGCAAAGGCUGUUGCAACCGAGUGCGGUACAACGUUCUUCAAUGUCUCGUCCUCUACAUUGACAUCGAAAUAUAGGGGUGAAUCGGAGAAACUCGUUCGGUUGCUAUUCGAAAUGGCCAGAUUUUACGCGCCCAGCACAAUCUUCAUCGACGAAAUUGAUUCUCUGUGCUCGAGAAGAGGAUCCGAAUCCGAGCACGAAGCUUCACGUCGUGUAAAGUCCGAGCUUCUCGUUCAAAUGGACGGAAUAAGCUCCAACAGCGAAGAUCCAAGUAAAGUUGUGAUGGUACUGGCGGCAACAAAUUUUCCAUGGGACAUCGACGAGGCUCUAAGAAGACGCUUAGAAAAACGUAUCUACAUUCCGUUACCGAAUCAUGAAGGCAGAGAAGCGUUGUUAAGAAUAAACCUUCGUGAAGUCAAAGUAGAUUCGUCUGUGAACUUGACGGAUAUCGCAAGGAAACUCGAGGGUUAUUCUGGCGCGGAUAUCACGAAUGUUUGUAGGGAUGCUUCCAUGAUGCUAAUGCGAAAGAAAAUCGCGGGUCUGAGGCCCGAUCAGAUCAGGCAAUUGCCGAAGGAAGAAUUGGAUUUGCCCGUGUCGGCCGCUGAUUUCGACGAGGCCGUCGAGAGAUGCAACAAGAGCGUUUCCCAGGAGGACUUGGAAAAAUAUGAGAAAUGGAUGAGCGAAUUCGGUUCCUCUUGAUAUCAUUCCCUCCAGAAGUAGUAACAUAAUUCGUUAACAUGUGUUCGCAUCGAGCCUGAUUACAACUAAUAUAUUACAAUAUUAUUCUGCGUUUAACACAUACAAGAAAAAAAAACGGGGAGCUUUUUAAUCCUUAUAAACUGACUAGUUCUCUGAUACUUGAGACUUAAGAAAAAUCAAAUUGGAAGAUAAGACUGUACGGUAGAAAUAAUAAGAGAUAUAAAAGUUGGGUAACGUUUCUAAUCUCAACUGUACAAUGCACACACUGAAGACUUAACUGGCAGUAACAAAGUAAUCGUAAGUAACUUUUAGUCAGUAAUAUAUUUCUUAUUAAGUUUACAUGUAAAUCUAUUCUUAAAAUAAUACAAAUUACUGAAA